UGUGUGGCGAGACUCCGAGGUGCGGGAGCUGCUGGCCGUCCGCGGUGAGAUGAGAUGUUGCUUACUGCUAUUGGUAGAAUUGUUUUCAGGCAAGGGGCUGUUAAACAGUUGUGUACAACAGUUUCUUUUUUGAAUUCUCACUGUGGUAAAAAAUUUAUUAAAACAUAAAGCUGUGAUGCUGCAGAGUUAUUCAACUUUCAAUCACACAGUUGGACUGGUUGCACCAACUUAAGUGUGUACUGGGUAGCUGUGUUAUUUAGGUAUGUAUAAGUAUCAGGUCGACAUUGGUAGAAACCCAAUAUUAUGGGACUUUAUUUGGGACCAGGGCCCCAAAACUUUGGGGUCGGGACAUCCCUGAUUUAAAUGAUUAUCAUGUCUUGUUGACAGAUUUAAUACCUCCAGAAGACCAUAUAGACGUAUGAUAGAAGUUUGCAACAUGAAGGUGAAGGAGAAUAGCCUACUGUCUUAAUCUGUAUCAGACUUCCCUGGUUUAUAACUUAAGAGGAUGUUAAACAUUAACUUAGCUCUUUGAACUGAUAUGGUGUGUUUGCAGUGCCCUGCCCACUCUAAGAGGAGAGGUUGUCUCAGGUGAGUUCGACGUCAGUGCAGAGUUUAUAAUUUCACUGACAGAAGCAAAGAGGAUCUCACCUGGACUGGUGAUUAGCUGGACCAGAAUCAGUGUUUACCAAAAGUAACCACAUCGACUGAGCUGAAAAGAAUAUGCUCUUUCUCGCAAUAUACUUUCAAAAUCCAUGAUGGGAGACCAUCAAUCACGACAACAGUAAUAGCCACCUCAGGUUCCCAAACCCAGCAGUUGGUUUCCAGUUAAAUUAGUUUCUGAUGUUACCAUCUGAGUGAUAUCAUGGCGACUGCAGCAACAGCGUCGGAUGAUCUGCAACCUGUGAGGCGGACCAGCAGCUUCCCAUGGCUGCCACCUCACAUGUCUGGGCUGGCGGUUGUUCUGCUGGGGAACAGCUGGUCUGAGAGGAGUUCAGUGGUGAAGUUAAUACUGGGAGGGGCUUUGUUCGAGACUGAGAAAGAACUAGACAUCUGUCUGGGAGUCAGUAGACAGUUGAAGGACAAAGAAAUAUGUCUCAUCAACACUCCAGAUCUGCUGCUUCCUGGCAUCCCCCUAGAACAACUGACAGAAGAUGUAGAAAGCUGUCUGGGUCUCUGUGAUUCUGCACCUCAUGUGUUCCUGCUGGUUCUACAGCCUGAAGACUUCACUGAGGAACAGAAACUGAAGCUCUGCAAGGUCCUUCAACUCUUCGGUGAUCAAUCAUUUGAUCGUUCAUUGAUACUGAUAUCAACACCCAGAGAGGAGAGUCCAGGUUUCAUGGGCAAACCAGAACAGCCCUUAAAAGACAUGAUGACAAUGUGUAGAUACAGAUACUUGUACCAGAAGAACCUUGAACUUCCAGAGCUGUUAACACGUUUGGGUCAAACUGCAAAGGAGAACAAUGGAGAUCGUGUGAGCUGUGAUGUGUUUGAGGACGGGGAUGCAGGUUUGAUCAUGAUACCAAAGUCUGGACACGUCAAACCAGCUUUAAAGCUGGUUCUGUGUGGGAGGAGAGGAGCAGGGAAGACUUCAGCAGCCAAGGCCAUUUUAGGUCAGACAGAGCUUCAUUCAGUCUCCAGCUCAUCAGAGUGUGUUAAACAUCAGGGAGAGGUGUGUGGACGUCGGGUUUCCCUGGUGGAGCUUCCUGCCUUGUAUGGAAAACCUGAGGAGGAAGUGAUGGAGGAAUCAUUCAAGUGUAUCUCCCUCUGUGAUCCUGAUGCCUUCAUCCUGGUCCUACCUGUGGGUCCUCUCACUGAUGAAGACAAGGGAGAGUUAAAGACCAUCCAGAACACAUUCAGCUCUCCAGUCAAUGACUUCACCAUGAUUCUGUUCACUGUGGAGUCAGAUCCUACAGAUCCAGAUGUCGUUAAGUUAAUAAAGAAAAAUAAUGGCAUCCAGGAGCUCUGUCAGAGCUGCGGAGGAAGAUAUCUGGUUCUCAACAUCAAGGACAAACAGCAGAUCCCAAAGCUGUUGGAUGCUGUUGAAGAGAUGAGAGGUGAAAGAUCCAGAUGCUUCACAAUGAAGAUGUUUACCGAGGCUCAGAUGGAGAAGGUUUCAAGGCUUAGAGCUGAACUGCAGGAUGUGAAACACAGCAGAGAGUGUCUCAAGAUGGUGCUGAUUGGAAAGACUGGUACCGGCAAGAGUUCAACAGCAAACACCAUUUUAGGCAAAAAGUAUUUCAAACCCAGAAUCACCCCAAAACCACCGAACAAGUCUUGUGAGAAAGCAACAGGAGAGAUUGAUGGACGGCCUGUUGUCGUCGUCAACACCCCCGGCUUGUUCGAUACGACUGUCUCUGAAAUUCAACAGGAGAUUAAAAGAUGCAUGAGCAUGUUGUCUCCUGGACCUCAUGUGUUCUUACUGGUGCUGCAGAUUGGGAACUUUACACCAGAGGAAAAAGACUCCGUGGAACUGAUCCAGAAAUAUUUUGGCAAGAAGUCUGGAGAUUUCAUCAUCAUUAUAUUCACCAGAGCAGAUGAACUGGAAGAUCAGUCAUUUGAGAGUUAUACCGAAGAUUGCGAUGGCUUUGUCAAACAACUCAUAAAUGACUGUGGAGGAAGAUACCAGCUCUUCAAUAACAAAGAUGACACAAACCGCACACAAGUCAGAGAGCUGCUGGGCAAUGUUGAGGCCAUGGUGAAGAAAAAUGGCGGCUGCUACGACGCAGAGAUGUUUGACGACAGAGAGGGAGACACACAGAUACAAGUGGAGAGGAUUUUGAAAGAGAAGGAGGACCUCCAGAUAAAACAUCAGGAAGAUUUGAAAACACAGAAAAGCAAAAUCACAGAGGAGGAGAGAAAACUGAGAGCAAAACAGCUGCAGGAGAAAGACGAAUGCAUCAAAAAGGAACGUGAGGAGAGAAAGAAAGAACGGGAGGAAGAGGAAAAAAGGCGUAAAAAACAAGAGGACACUAUGAGACAGGAAUGGAGAAGAAAACUGGAAGCUUCGGAGAAAAUAGUUCAAUCAGAAAGAGAGCAAAGAGAAAAUGCUGCAAAGAAGCUGGAGCAGGUUAGAAAAGAGAUGAAGAGAGAUCGAGACGCCUGGGAUAAGGAAAGGAAGGACACCUGGGAACGAAUGCGUCAAGAGGAUAAACAGAGUCUGGAAGUGGAGAAAACAAGCUUCAGAAAGCUCCAAGAAGAGUACCACAGCAAGAGAAAAAAGUGGACAUAUUGUAUGGUUGGGCUGAUGUUGUUUGUAGUAUUUCUAUUAUGUUAUAUAUUUCUGAGUUAGGCAUACACACACACUACAGACAGUACAAAGACAAAAGAACACACAUGAAGAGUUUUACUACUUGCUAGGCUGAUAAAGGGUUUACAUUUAUGGACUUUACAGAUGAAUGUCUACAUCUUCAUAGUUCAUUACUUUACUAAUUACUCAACAGCAGAAGUAGUUACAUUACAUGUUAUAUUACUUUACGUUGCUCAGCCAACUGUAAUGUAAUUGCUCGAUUUUAAAUUGUAAAUCUUAUAUACUACUCACUGAACAUGUAUUAUUUCUAUUGAAAAGGUAAAGGUGAGAUUUGAUGAUUCUUGUGAUUUCUCCAAAUCAGAUGUGCUUUUAAACCACUGAGCUUCUUAAAAUGGAAGUGAAGCUUUCAACCAAGUUAAACUGGUAUUGUAUUGUCCCCGAUGUAAAUAUGAGUUUUACAAUGUUAAAAACAAAACACUCCAUUUCAUAAACUGACGCUUAAUCGGAGAUCAGUAAGUGACUGCAGCGCUGGCUAGUUGCACUGAAAGAGUCCUCUGACAGGUACUGAGUCCAGCUGCCUGUCCUCUCCCCUCUCUGAACACCUGUCUCUGUCUCCCCAUCUCCUGUCCUCUUUCCUCUUUGGUUACCUGUCUCUGUUUCUCCAUCUCAGACAUUGAGAGACAUUAUCGGCCUAAUGUUAACUGUGUUCCCCUUUAACUAACUACUGCUUUGUACAUACUAUGAUCAAAUGUCUUGAUGUGUAAAUGUGAAGCAUUAUUUCAGAUAUACAUUUUUUUUUUUUUAAAUGUUCACAUCCAAUUCAAGCAUUCAAAAAUGAAUCAUAGCAUUAGUUCAGGCAGAGUUGAAUUUGCAACAAUAUGGCUGAUUGGCAUCAGCUGUUUGCAGUAUGCCUCACAAUCAUUGGUUCAUUCAUUGCUCUGAGCCUUGUAAAGUCCAAUCAUAUUCAUGCAGGAACACAGUGCAGAUAUGAUAACCUGAUAGUUGUGUUUUUUAUGAUUUCAGGACUCUGACUGUACCAGCAGAGGGAGACUUUAUUACACUAAACACUGUUUGGUAAAACAGUUUCUAUUAACUGU